AUGAACGUGGCCGACCUUCGCAAGUACAAGGAUCGAGCCAAGUCAAAAGCGAAGCGCAGGCGCCGGCGCCACGCCGAGUCGAGCACCGACGAGGAUGCGUCCGACGCCGAGUACCUCGCACACAUGAAGCAAGCUCUCCGAGUUGCGUUCGAUUUCUACGACGUUGAUCGCAGCAACUCGAUCGACAAGGACGAGCUCGGGCAUAUUCUCCGCGCCGUCGGCGACGACGUGACCGUCGAUGAGCUUUGUGAAAUCAUGCAAGCCGUGGACUUGGACACGAGUGGGCAGAUCGAGUUUGACGAGUUUUACCUCAUGAUGAAGACGCGCCUGUACGAGCAGCGCGUGGUGUUUCGCGCCAAGACGGAGCUCGAAGUGCGCGCGAUCUUUGAUCAAAUCGACGCGGAUCGCAACCGUGUGCUCGACACGGCCGAAUUUUACCACGCGCUGGUGCACGAGCUUCAGAUUCCAUUGACGCCCGACGAGUUUGACGCGGUCGUCGACGAGAUCGACACCUCCAACGACGGCCGCAUCGACAUUGAGGAGUUUAGCGCAUUCAUGCUGCUCGUGGAGCAGCUCUCGGGCGCGUCGGCGUCGACGCAGCACUUGACGCACCUCAGUAGCGACGCCAUUUCGGGCAUGAAGAAGAUUGCGCGAGGCGCGCCGCGCGACCCGGAAGCGCACUUGCUGGCGCUGCUCGGUGUCCCGACCAACUUUCGACACGCCGUGACGAGCACCGCGCGCCGCGUUCAGAAACACUCGAUGGAGUAUGUGCUGUCGUUCCCGCCCCCCGAGACGGUGUACAAUAUGGCACAGCACGGCAACCUUGCGCUCGUGCCAACGCAAACGCUGCAGGAGGCGUGGGCGGGCGUCGAAGCGUCCGAGGCGCUGCAAAAGCAAGCGAUUGUGUCGCUCAAGCUCGCAAAAGGCGUGCCGGCGCCAUACGACAAGCGCGAGCACGACGUCAUUGGACGUAAGGUGCGCGUGUGCUUCUUCGACAUGGCCGACGCUACGAGUGCGACGACGGCCCACGGCGUCCGGCGCCUUGAAGGCCAAAUCGUCGGCAACAUCCACGAAAUUCCCGUCGCGUGGUCGAAAAAGGAGGAAGAUGUGUGGUACUUUUCCCGCGCCGCGACCAAAGCCGACGACUACAAGUUUAUUGUGCGCACAAACACACCGGCCGAUGACCUCUACCUCUUUAUUGAGUUUGUCCUCGAGCUCAAGAGCGAGACCGCCCAUGAAAUGCACCAAGCCGCGACCAAAGCCAAAUACAAGGCACCGCCCCCAGCCCAUGCGUUGGUUCCGAUCGAAAUGGUGUGUUGUUGGACCAAAAUUCCUGUGAAUCAACUGCUCGCACCGGCCAACCAAGACGUCGUGCGCUUUGACGUGCCACUGUACGGCGGUUCGAUCCUCAACCCGGUCGAGCUCGACGAAGAUGAGAUUUCGCGGCGGCGCAGCGGGUGGCGGGCGCUCAAGAAGGCGCUCACAGCGUACUGUCCACCCCAGCUCCAUAUCAAGAGCCUCCAAAUUCCCAAAUUACCCUAUCCCGAAAAACUGCAGAUUGCGCAGCUGCCAUCGACCAUCAUCGCUCCGUACUCGGCAGUGUCCAUCAUCCAGGAUUACAUGAGCCUCAUGAAGACGGUGCUCUCGACGCUCGAGUCGCCGUCGCACGUCUACACGUGUGAGCCCGCCCUUAAGCUCUUUCCCCGCAUCUUGGACGAUGCCGACGUCUACGAGGCCUUUCGGGCCGUUGUUGCCGACCAAUUGCGCCCCGGCAUGUUCAAGACGCUCGCCGAGCGCCAUGACCGCUUCAAAAGUGUCGUUUUGCGCAUGUGGCCGGCCUUUACAGCCCCCCGCGCCCGUAUCGACAUUGAUGCGGACGCAAGUGACAAGACCAGCAAUUUGCUGCAAGCGCACCUCGAUGAUAUGGCCAAAGGGAAAUUCGGUUUUACCGACGUCAAGGAGCCAACGACGCCAUUUCACAUUCGCGAAGUAUCAUUUGAACGUUUAUUAUAAGCAAAAAAUGCAUAAGGUAGAAA